CCUGGCACCCGCUCUCGAAGGUGAAUCCACCUGCAGGCCCGCAGGGGCUGGGUGCCCCUUGCCCCCUGCCCGCUGGGAAUCUUGCGCGACUGGAGUGUCGGGAGGGUAGUCGGCGGCAGUUUUUUCUGAGCGGUGGCCGAGGGCCGAUUGGCAGCUGAAAUGGAAGUAGGUUUGAUCCCUGGGGGCAGGCGGGUCCCAGCCCGGCUCUUAGUAGGGUGGCGGAGCUCAGCGGCCACGCCCACUGGUUCCUGACCUGACGCAAGUAAUUCCCCGCAAUGCCAGGUGGGCUCUUUGCCCACACAAGGGAGAGUUUACUUUCUGGAGGGACACCCGUGUGCUCCUGUGGAGUUUUUAAGGUGUAGGGGCGGAGGGUUCUGGAGCAGGAAGUUUUGUUUGGGCUGUGCCUUCCUGGCAGGCUGCUGGGAGGAAGCGCACAGAGGCUUUAUGCCUGCCUUGGAAGCCGCCUCUUGGCGCCUGCGAUGCUCUCCUCCUGUUCCUGGUCCUGUCUGAAGUACAAGUACAAGUACAAAACUCCCCCAUUGGAAAGGAUUCUGAAAGAAAUGAAGAAAACCAUCAGAAAUGCAAUCGGUAGCUUUAUGGCCUUCUGUUGACUGGACUAGACUUUCCUUACUGCUGUUCCUUGGAAUGACACUGUACAGGAUGUCUGCUGAGGUCAUCCAUCAGGUGGAAGAAGCACUUGAUGAAGACGAGAAGGAGAUGCUUCUUUUUCUGUGCCGAGACGUUGCUGCAGAUGUGGUUCCACUUAAUGUCAGGGACCUUCUGGAUGUUUUAAGAGAGAAAGGAAAGCUGUCUUCUGUGAGCUUGGCUGAGCUGCUCUACAGAGUAAGGCGGUUUGACUUGCUCAAGAGGGUCUUGAAGAUGGACAGACGGACAGCGGAGGCCCUCCUGCACAGGCACCCACAUCUUAUUUCGGACUAUAGGGUGCUGUUGAUGGAGAUUGGUGAGGGUUUGGAUAAAUCUGAUGUGUCCUCAUUAAUAUUCCUCAUGAGAGAUUAUAUGGGCCGAGGCAAGAUAGCCAAGGAUAAGAGUUUCUUGGAUCUUGUGAUUGAAUUGGAGAAGCUCAACCUGGUUGCUCCAGAUCACUUGGAUUUAUUAGAAAAAUGCCUAAGGAACAUCCACAGAAUAGACCUGAAGACAAAAAUCCAGAAAUACAAGCAGUCUGCUCAAGGAGUGGAAACAAAUUAUGUAAAUGCUCUCCAGGCAUCUCUGCCAAACUUGAGUAUAAAGGAUCCUUCAUAUAACCUAAGGCUCCAGAAUGGGAGGAGUAAAGAACACAGACUCAUGAUGGGACAACGUGACACUCAGAGAGAACCAGUGAAGACAUCCAUUCAGGAAUCAGAAGCAUUUUUACCUCAGCACGUACUGGAAGAGAGAUACAAGAUGCAGAGCAAGCCCCUGGGAAUCUGCCUGAUAAUUGAUUGCAUUGGCAAUGACACAGACAUUCUUGAGGAAACCUUCACUUCCCUGGGCUAUGAAGUCAAGCGUUUCUUGCAUCUCACUGUGGAAAAUAUAAUGCACAUUCUUGGCCAAGUUGCGCACAUGACCCAACAUCAAGACUACGACAGCUUCGUGUGUAUCCUGGUGAGCCGAGGGGGCUCCCAGAGCGUGUUUGGCGUGGAUCAGACUCGCUCAGGGGUCCCUUUGGAUCAUAUCAGAAGGAUGUUCAUGGCAGAUGCAUGCCCCUCUCUCUCAGGGAAGCCAAAGGUCUUUUUUAUUCAGAAUUAUGUGACAUCAGAGGGCCAGCUAGAGGACAGCAGCUUCCUGGAGGUGGAUAGGCCAUCAGUGAAAAGCGCAGAAUCCAAGGCCAGGCAGCCCGGGGCCUGCAUGAUUCACCGAGAAGCUGACUUCUUCUGGAGCCUGUGCAAAGCGGACGUGUCCCUGCUGGAGCGGUCCUCCCCUUCACCGUCAUUGUACCUGAAGUGCCUCUCCCAGAAACUGGGGAAAGAAAGAAAACACUCACUCCUGGAACUCCACAUUGAGCUCAACAGCAAGGUGUAUGAUUGGAACAGCAGAGUGUCUGCUAAGGAGAGGUACUGUGUCUGGCUGCAGCACACUCUGAGAAAGAAACUCAUCCUCUCUUGCCAAUGAAAAGCCAAAGGCCCUUCUUAGCUUUGCAGUCUCCAUCGCUAGCCAGAAAGACAAACAUUUAUUUCUCACAGUUCUAGUGACUGGGAAGUCCAAGAUCAAGGUGCUUGUAGAUCCCGCCUCCAGGUUGGCAGAUGACCCUCCUGUUGGAUCUUCACACGGCAAAGAGAACAGAGAGAAAGCAGGCUGUCUUGUGUCUCUUCUUAUAAGGACACUGAUCUUAUUCAUAAGGGCUGCCCUGUCAUCAACUAAUCACCUCCCAAAGGCCCCACCAUCUCAUACUAUCAUAUUGGGGGACAGGAUUUCAACCUAUGAAUCUGGGGGUGGACACAAACAUUCAAUUUAAAACAGUGGCUUUCUGAUCUGAGGUUGCUUCUCUGUCUAGGACUCACAUGGCAUUCUACAGUAAUCAGUAUACCUUUCCUCCUUGGAUUUGAAAGCAUGACCUACAAGAAUAUGAUUGUUUAAAAUAUUAUUUAAAGGGACUUCCCUGGUGGGCCAGUGGUUAAGACUCCAUGCUUCCACUGCAGGGGGAAUGAGUUCAAUCCCUGAUUGGGAACUAAGAUCCCACAUGCUGAGGCAUGGCCAAAAACAAUCACUUGAAGUUAAAAAAAAAAACUUAUUUAUAUAUUUUUAAGUUGGUUUUAAGUGGUAUGUAUCUGUGGGGGUAUGUUUAUAUGUGUUUUGACAUGAUCACCCAACAAAAGCUGAAAAGUAUGAAAGGAACACUUUUCAGACACUUCACACACUUAUUUCUACUUUAAAGGUAAUUUUCUAUCCUUGUGUUAAUGAAUGUGGGACUCCCGAGGGUGUCUUUGAAUUUCACAUUGCUGGGGGCACCAGCAGGAACAAUGUAUAUGCUUGGACUCAUGAACCAGAACCCUGUGUUAAUUAUUACAGAGGGAAGCUGUUUGUGAGGGAUCUUAAUGACCUGGCAGCUUUUGCAUCCUUCUCUGUCCCAUCCUGACUGGGUGACAGGCAUUUUCCAUAUUCUGUUUCCUAUCAUGGAUGGGAAUUGCACCUUUUCUUUUACCUCGGGAAUGGGAUCACCACCCCUCUUGAAAAAUGUCAUGUAUCUUCUUUGACUCACAAAAAACUGAAAACACAAUGCUGACGCAUAGUAUUUAUUUAUAUUACUUUUUAGUUUUAUAUAUUUUUAUAUAUUAUUAAGGUAACUUGUAUUUGCAUUAAAUAUAAAAAUAAGAGGGACCUAGAAGUCACUAUGCUAAGUGAAAUAAAAGACAAAUACCAAGCAUUAUAUGCUCUCCUUUAUAUGUGGAAUCUACAAAACAAAAACAUAAACAAAACAAAACAAACUCAUAGAAAAAGAGAUUAGGCAGUGGUAACCGGAGGUGGGGGAAGGGAGUAAUUGGAGGAAGGUGGUCAAAAGGCACAAACUUACAAAAAAAAGAAAAAAAAAAAAGACUGCUCUAAGCACGGGUAAGCACCUGCAGUGCAUAGUCCAAUGUUAGGCUGAAAUAUCAGAUUCUUGAUGUAGGCCCUGAUUUCUCCCACACCUAAGCUAUGUUUCACAAAAACUGAACAUGAUGAAUAUGAGAUUUUUAGUUAGAGAGGGUUUAGGAGCAGCUACAGUCUGUAAUCCCAUGAGCUUUAACCUGUGAGAUUGAUAGAGAAUAUGGUAAAGGUAAACCAGAGAUGGAAGAAAGGCUUUAGAAAUGGAAUGAGAGAGAACAAAUGACAGCUGUGUGAUAUAAAAUAAUAAGACCUACAAGACGGGUGUGAUGGAUGGAAUGCAAGCAGGUUUAGUGUAUAAGUGUGAUUGACAGUGAAGAAUUAAAGUUUAGGAUAUGGCAUAUUGUGACAUUCGGUUUUCAAUAAAUAAUAUAAUGACACCUGACAGCUAUAAUCUCUCAAAAAUUCACAUCAAAUGAUGUUCAUUCCAAUAAUUAAAAAUAAAUUAAAAAUUUGUAAAAAGAAAAGGGGACAAACUUCCAGUUGUAAGAUAAAUAAGUACUAGGGGUAUAAUGUACAACAUGAUGACUAGAGGUAACACUGCCGUGUGACACAUAGGGAAUUUGUUAAGAGAGUAAGUCCUAAGGGUUCUCAUCACAAGGAGAAAAAUUUUUUUCCUUUUUUCUUUUCUUUUUAGUGUAUACAUAUGAGACAGUGAAUGUUAGCCGACCCUAUUGUGGUAAUCAUUUCACAAUAUAUGUAAUUAUCACCUUGUAUACCUUAAACUCAUACAGUGAUGUAUAUCAAUUAUUUCUCAGUAAAAUGGGGAAAAAAAGAUUUGAAAAACACAAUCAUAUCAUUCAAAAUGUUUUAGAUGCAAGUAACAGAACACCUAACUUAAAACAAAAAGUUUUUAAAACAUUUGUUUACUCUUAUUAAGCAACAGGUUCAGAGGUAGGGGGUGUAGUUGCUGGCUUGGUUAAUUCAUUGGCUCAACAAUGUCCUCAAGGGUUUGAUGCUUUCCACCUUUCCUCUCUGUAGUCUCAGUGUUUGGGCUUUUAUUUUCAAAUUUGUCAUCUAAAGGUCACAAGAGGGCCACAGGUCCAAGUAUCAUACCCAAACACACAAGGGAAAACAUCUCUUCCUUGUGUGGCUUCUUAAGAUCAAAGGAAAAAUUUCGCAGAAGCUCUCCUCCCCAAGAGUUCCCUUCCCUCACUUCUCAUUGGCUAGAAUCACAUGAUAUGUUCUUCCUUAAACCGACCAUUGGCAGAGGGAAUGGGAUUACCAUGGUUGGUUUAUACCAGCCCAGACUCAGUCCCCUGGGACUGGGGUUCAGUGGCUUCAGCUCCCUUGGGCACAUGGUCUCCAAAAGCUGGGGUUCUUUUAGGGGAAAAUGGGGCAUGGAGCUUCCCUGGGGAGUAGUUAACCAUAAUGUAUGCCAAAAGGAAUGAGAACAUCCAUUUUAUGAUUGAAGAAACUGAGGCACACAGCUUUUAAGUGAGCUGUUCCCAAAUCUCAGAGAAAAUCAUUGGUAGUGCCAGGUCUAGAAUGUUAACAACCAGCCUUACGAUCUGGUGUCCUUCAGAAAUUAGAACAAACUUUGGAAGAUAUGUAGCAUGCAUUCCAGGGAAGGCAUCGUACUCCUCUCUCAGCUGUUUGUGAGAGUCAUUACCCUACCUUUCCAGCCCCACCCUUUUCCCCCGCAGAGAGGCAGCAUGGCCACAUAGCUUUCCAUAUCGCAUCUGAGGGACACAGUGAAAAUACAGAGCCCGUUAAAUCACCAUCUUUUCUUUCCUUCUCUUCUAAAAAGCAAUUAUUUAUUGGGACUUCCGUGGCAGUCCAGUAGUUAAGACUCCGCGCUUCCACCACAGGGGGUUCAGGUUCAAUCUCUGGUCCCUUGUCAGAGAACUAAGAUCCCACAUGUGCCCCUCCAAAAAAAACCAAAAACAAAACAAACACACAAAAACAAAAAUAUAUGUAUUUAUUAAAUUAUAUUGUGCUCUCUGUUUACUUUUGUCCCUUUUCUGUCUUUAGAUUACAUUAUUUUUAUUAAUACCAUUCAUCAGUCAACCCGCAGGUGCCAAGGAAAAAGAGUGCUAAGGGUUUGCUUGUGUGUUUUGCUCACUGCAAGGGGGAUGGGGUGGAGUAAAGAGGGACUGAUUCCAGGAGCAGGCCAACAAGAUGGGAGGAAUAAAGCCUUGCCUCCCCUUGUCUACUUCGCAGAAUUGUUCUGAGGAUGAGAUGAGGGAGCCUUUAUGAUCAUACCCAAUGAGAGUUUUUAUGACUGCAUCGGUGAUGCCAUGUGAACAUAGCUGUUACUAUUAUAGCACACUGUGGAGGAGUUAUUCUGAAAAGGUUGAAUCAAACCUUGAAAAUUGGUAGGAUUUUGGCAGGUUGAGGUGGAGAAGAGAAUACAUUGCAGGAGAAGAAACAAAGCAAACGAAGGGUCAGAUAAGGGAAAUGUAAGGCAUGUUUUAAAAACCACGAGUGUAACUUUUAGCUGGAGCAGAGAGAAUGUGAGCCAUGGUGAGUGAUAAGCCAGGAGGUGCCUGUGAAGAGCUGUAAAGACCCCCAUCUCUGUCUUUUAGUCAGCUCUCAUGUAAGUUAUUUCAUGAGUUAUUUUUCUCACUUUAAUAGUGGAGUCUACAACUACUUCUUUGACAUUUUUGUGUAUAUGAGCAAUUUGAUUACUAAGUGCCUUAUUCUUUUUCAUUGAGUAUAGUUUUUAAAUGAAAUAUUUAAGGCAUGCUAAAGGAGAAUUAUAUUAGGUAACAAUAUAAUGAAUACAUACCCACAACCCAGCUUAAAUGAAAUGUUCUAAAAUCUACAUGAAGACUCUGAAGAUACUGCUUGAAGUAAUAGCCCUAAAUAUAAAAGAGAUAAAUAUAUUAAAAUAUUUAAAACUUUAUAAUAGCCCCCAACUGAAAAUUCAUCAAGUGUUUAGUAACAGGAGCAUGGUUAUGAUAAAACGUCCACUGGUUGGAAUUUUAUGUAACCGCUAAACUUAUAUAUGCAAAUAAUAAAGGCUUACAUAAGCUGCUCUUAGCUCAUUACAUGAAUUAUUUAAUCCUCAAAACAGCUCUUUGAGGUAGGUAUUAUUGUCCUCAUUAUUAUUUCUUCCCAUUUUAUAGAUGGGGAAAGUGACAAAAGGGAUGCUAAGUAGCUUGUCCUUGGUCACCCCAGCCUAGGAUAUAAACUCAAGCCAUAAACAGAGCCUUUAUUUUUAUAGCUAAGUACAUUUAAAGCAAAACAGGCCUUCCCCGGAGGUCCAUUGGUUAAGGCUGUGCGCUUACAAUGCAGGGGACAUGGGUUCAAUCCCUGGUUGGGGAAGAUCCCACAUGCCGUGUGGUGUGGCCAAAAAAAAAAAAGCAAAAACUAACAAAAAAUAUGUCUCACAGGAAAACAAAAGGCCAGAAAGAAAUAUUCCAAAAGUGGUGUAUGGAUGACAGAACUGUGGCUGGUAUCUUUUCUUUCUGUUUUCCAAAUCCGCUUUUCUAUCUCUGUAUAUUUAAGCAUACUGGUUUCUAAAGUAAAGUCUAGGUAAUUCCUCCAACUUUUUUUUUUUUUUUUUUUUUUUGCAUUACAUGGGCCUCUCACUGUUGUGGCCUCUCCCGUUGCGGAGCACAGGCUGCGGACGCGCAGGCUCAGCGGCCAUGGCUCACGGGCCCAGCCGCUCCACGGCAUGUGGGAUCUUCCCGGACCAGGGCACGAACCCGUGUCCCCUGCAUCGGCAGGCGGACUCUCAACCACUGCGCCACCAGGGAAGCCCAUUCCUCCAACUUAAAAAAAAAAAAAUUAUUUAUUUAUUUGGCUGUGCCAGGUCUUAGUUGCAGCAUGAGGGAUUUUUAGCUGUGGCAUGCAUGCAGGAUCUAGUUCCCUGACCAGGGAUCAAACUCAGGUCCCCCGCAUUGGGAGCGCAGAGUCUUAACCACGGGACCACCAGGGAAGUCCCUCUAUCAACUUUUGACUCGCUGGUUCUUUGGUGCUGAAGAGACUACUCUUUCCUGUAGUUCUGCCUUCACUUCUCUGUCUCAUCUCUAGCUCUUCUUUUCAGUAGCAGGACCCGUGGUCUCAGGGCUGCUUUUCUGGGCCACUGGUUAGGAGGACUGUCUCGUCAACCCCAGUUUCAUUCCAGUCCCCAAUGCCUUCCAUCCUCUUCCAUGAAUAGGCCAUGGUAGGGGUCACUUGACAGCUUUUUCUGUCUGCAGUGUUUGAAAUGGGAAUCUCUUCUCCCAUAUUCUAGGAGCAAGUUUUCAGGAUUAAGCAUGUUACUUAUGCCACCAAGAGGUCACAAUUUGAGGUCAGCCUUGUCAAUUUGUCUGUGUGGUAGACCCUGCUCACUGUCCCAAAUAUCCAUUCUCUUUUUCCCUAGUAAUAGAAGUCUUAAUUUGAAACUGGGCACACAGCCUCACAGAAUACAGUCUAGCUGUCCAAGCCUCAACUUGUAGCAAGAUGUGGUCAUGUGUCUAGUCCUGGAAAAUAAUAUGUAAGCAGUGGUAUUGUUUGGCAGUUGCUGAGAAUUUUUCUUAAAAGGCAACUGUUUUUUGCCCUUCGCCCCUUUGUCCUUUUUUCUGUCUUAGUGACUAGACUGCAUAUGUGAUGGCUGGAGCUCUAGCUGCCAUCUUGAAUUGUGAGGAUAAGAGCCACACUGUAGGGAUGACCAAGUGGUGAACAGGAAGGACCCUUGUUGGGUGAAGACAUUAAGAAGCAGAGUCACCAUACCAACCCUAGCUUACCUACAUCUGGACAUUUAUGUGAGAGAAAAAUAUGUGGGGUUUAUAUUUCUUUUAACCUAACCUAGUCUGACUGGUACAUUGUUAUUUGAUUAAAGUGUUUUUUAUGUUUAUGCAUGUUAUAAGUUUAAAAUAAAUAUUUGCCUAGGCAAUCAUUUUAAUUUUUUUAUUAUUGUUUAAAAAUGUAUGUAUGUAUUGUUAAAAAAUGUAAUGUUAACACCUGAGCCGACCUAAGUUUUUAGUAUGUAUGAUGCUCUCAUUUAUUUCCUUUUAUAUUUUUGUGGUCUCACAAAACCACAUAUAUAAACAGAUCAUUCAAUACACGGCCUUCUGACUUCUUUCAUUUAGCAUAAUGUUUUCAAGGUUUAUCUAUGUUGUAUAAUAUGUAAGUACUUCAUUUUGCUUCAUGCCUGAAUAAUAUUUCAUUGUAUGGAUAUACCACAUUUUGUGUAUCCAUCAAUUGAUGGACGUUUAGAUGGCUUCCACUUUUUGUCUAUUAUGAAUGAUGUUGCUAUGUAUUCAUGUAUAAGUUUUUGUGUGGAUAUAUGUUUUCAGUUCUCUUGGGUAUAGACGUAAAAUUGGAAUUGUUGGUUCAUAAAGUCAGAGUUGAAUUGCUGGUAAUUCUAUGUUUACCUUUUUGAGGACUGCCAAACUGUUUUUCACAGUGGCUAUACCACUUUACAUUCCCACUAGCAGGGUAUGAGGGUUCCAACUUCUCUACAUCCUCUCCAACACUUGUUAUUGUUUGUCUUUUUAAUUAUAAACAUCCUAGUGGGCAUGAAUUAGUAUCUCAUUGUGGUUAUGAUUUGUAUUUUCCUACUAACUAAUGAUAUUGAGCAUCUUUUCAUGUGCGUAUUGGCCAUUUUUACAUUGUUUUUGAAGAAACAUCUAUUCAGUACUUUCCCAUUUAAAAAUUGUCUUUUGGGACUUCCCUGGCAGUUCAGUGGUUAAGACUUCACCUUCCAAUGCAGGGGGUGCAGGUUUAAUCCCUGGUCGGUGAGAUAUGCUCUCACAUGACUCAUAGCCAAAAAAAAAAAAAAAACCAAAACAUAAAACAGAAGCAAUAUUGUAACAAAUUCAAUAAAGACUUUAAGAACAGUCCACAUCAAAAAAAAUCUUUAAAAAUUGUCUUUCUAUUGUUGAAUUGUUAGUAUGUUUAUAUAUCCUGGAUACUAGUCUCUUAUCAGAUAAAGAUCUGCAAAAUUUGUCACCCAUUCUGUGGGUUGUCUUUCAUUUUUUGUAUAGUGUCCUUUCCAGCACAAAACUUUAUAUUUUGAUAAAGUCCAAUUGAUCUGUUUUCUUCUUUGUUGCUUAUGCUUUUGGCAUCAUAUGUAAGAAACCAUUGCCUAAUCCAAGGUUAUGAAGAGUUACACCUAUAUUUUCUUAUAAGAUUUUAUGAUUUAAACCCUUACAUUUCAGUCUUUGAUCAAUUUUGAGUAAUUUUUUGUAUAUGGUAUGAACUAUGGGUUCAACCUCAUUAUUUUGCUAAUGGAUAUCCUGCACCAUUUGUUGAAAAGACUAUUUUUCCCCCAUUGAAUUGUUUGUCAUCCUUGUUGAAAAUCAACUGACCGUGAAUGUGAGGGUUUAUUUCUGGACUUUCAAUUCUAUUCCACGGAACUGUCUGUCCUUAUGGCAGUACCAUAUUGUCUUGAUUACUGUACUUUGUAGUAAGUUCUAAAAUUGGAGAGUGUGAGUGUUCCAACUUUGUUGUUCUUUCUCAAGAUUAUUUUGCCUCUCCCAAGUCCCUUACAUGUCCAUGACUUUUAGGAUCAGCUGUCAAUUUCUGUAAAAAGGGCAGUGAGGGGACCUCCCUGGUGGUCCAGUGGUUAAGACUCUGUGCUUCCACUGCAGUGGGCGAAGUUUCAAUCAGUGGUCAGGGAACUAAGAUCCCACAUGCCGUGGGGCGCAGCCAGAAAAAUAAAUAAAUAACAUAAAAAAAAGGGCAGUGAGGAUUUUGAUAGUGAUUGCACUGAAUAUGAAGACCAAUUUGGGGAAUACUGCCAUCUUAACUGGACUCUUUUUGUACACAUUGAUAUCAGGGACAUUUUAUGUCACUUGCCUCAUUGUAAAUUUUUAUAAACAUGGCUGUCUUGUGCUGCCUUUUUGAAAAAUUAUUGAAUCAAAGGCCAAAGCAGGCUUCUCUCUAUUUUUCUUCUUUCAAACGACAAACUCUCCUCUAAAUGGAAGACCAUUCGGCCUCUUUUGAUUCUUUCUUUUUUCUUUUUUGCAGCACUAAAACUAUUUUACCCCUUUAGCCACAUCCUCCUAGUUCCCUAGCCAAUCUAAUGCUAGUCUGUUGGACUCUUUUAGGAAAUAUCACCAUCUUGUGGAAAUUUGAGGUUUUGUCACCCCCGAAUUCCCUGGCUUCUUGCUUCAAAGUCAACUGGAUAAGAAAGUGGGAUGGAAGGCCUUUGGAGUUCACAGAGUGGGGAAGAGUGAAUUUAAAGAUUAGCUUGCUAAUUCUGCAUUGGGCUUAAUCCUAAGGAAAUCAUUAUAAAUACGUUCAGAGAUUUAUUUGUAAGAAUCUUCAAUGCAGCACUGUUCACAAUAAUAAAAAAUUGGAAAUGAAUUAAAUGUCCAAUAACUAUAAAUUAGUUAAAUAAAUAUGGUAUAUCCAGGGAGGAGAAUAUCAUCUAACCACUAACCAUCAUGUUGUCAAAGACUAUUUAAUGAUAUGAAAAAAAAGGUAUAUGUGUUGUUAAGUGAAAAAAGCAAACUGUACAGCAUAUUUCAAUU